AUGCGAGCCCCGGUCGGAGGACAAGGCUCGGAGAGCGAGGAGGAUGAGGAAGGAGAAGAUCCAGCCGCAGGGGACGAAGAAAACGAGGAAGACGAUCAAUUGGUGCAGACUAUGGAAGAUGAGGACACCAUUCCGCGAAUCGAAGGUGAACUCGCAAAGUGCUUGGGAAAAGCAGCUUUCAGCCUUGCACUACAGCAUGGUCGGCGUAAAGGUUCCGGGCUUGAGAAAAAUAUUGAGACUUUGAGCCAAUUCGUUGUCUUUCUUUCUGGAAUAUCUUUGUUCGUCCUGCAAUGUGAGGAGAGUACGACGGGAGAGAACAAGGACAACGCCAUGGCUACGUAUCCGACAGUAAUGUCGGAACUGAAAAGAAAGUUCGAGAAGGACGAUACGGAGGCUGCUCGACUGGGUGAUUCUAUGGAGGUUUCACGGGAUCCCUCUACUUUCCGAAACAAAUAG